GCAAUUUUGGAAUUGGCAGGCAUGGCGACGGCGACGGGGUCGGGGACAACGUCGCCGACGGGACGCAAGCGCCGGCGCGAGAGCAUCGAGGCGCUCGAGUGCACGAUCUGCUGCGAGUUUUGCACGACGCAGGGCGACCACCGGCUCGCGAGCCUCGCAUGUGGCCAUUUUUUCGGCCAGAGCUGCAUCGAGCGCUGGGUCAAGACGAGCAAGACGUGUCCAAUCUGCAACCGGGUCGUGAAGCGCAACGACGUGCGCAUCCACUUCACCGAUACGAUCGCGGCCGUCGACAAUGGCCGCCAGGAAGAGUACAACCAAAAGUACUUGGCCGAAAAACAGGCUCGCAUGCAGGCCGAGAUGGACGUGGCGCGGCUCAAGCUGCAGGUCUCGACGACCACGCAAGAGAUCGAGACGCAAAAGCAGCGCAUUAUGGAGCUGCUGGCCGAGAACUCGCGGCUCAAGACCGCACCGAUCGUUCUCUCGGACGACGAUGACGAUGACGAUGACGAUGACGAUGACAAGGAUGAGGACGAGGCGGACUCUGCUUCCCGGCUCGAGUACACGCGCGUGAACGACGUGCCAAUUCCUUGCAUGGAAGCCCGCGUCUGUGGCUUCUCGUCGACCUGUGACAUGGUCUGCAUUGGCACACGGACGCAUGUGUCCAACGACGAAGGCGCCCAGCAUGGGCUGCUCCAGGUGAGUACCGUGGACGUGCACCACCGCGUGUCGAUUCCCUUACACAAGUCGCCUGUCCGCGACCUUGCCUUCUCACAUGACGACGCCCUUGUCGCGACCACAGCAUUUGACGCCAAGCUCCUCCUCACAAGUACCAAGUCCCACACGUGUGUGCUCAAGUACAACCUCCCGUUUCCUGGCUGGUCGUGCACCUGGGAUGCGACCAAUCCAUUUCUCGUGUACUGUGGUCACCACAAUGGCCAGAUCUCGGUAUUUGAUAUUCGGCGCACCGGGUCGCCCGUCCAGAAUCUGGCCCACCAGCUCAAGCAGCCUGUGCACUCGAUUCGCACCAUGCAGCACGGCAAUACCAAGACUAUUGUGGCAGCUACGUUUACAGGCGUGUCGAUGUGGCAUGCGCCGGACGGCGUCACGGUCCCGACCGACCCGAGCUUGAACAUGGAAGUGAAAAAUUGCUUUUCGAUGGGCCACAACCAAGUCCGGCCGACGCAGCUCAUCGUUUCGACGCGGACGCAGCUGCCGUCGUCGCCCGCUCAGCACUUUGUCUUGUCGGUGCAACACACCAGCAACCAGCUGCAGACGGUGUCCGAUGCGGUCGUUCAGGGUCACCGCACGCCGUCGGCGCUGUCUCGGUCGGCCAUGUGGCACCUGCCACGUCAAGGCAGCCCGGUGGUGGCGUCGGCCGAUGACGAGUCGCACCAGCUGUGGCUCUGGAACACUACGUCUGGUACCGUUGUGCGCAAGCUCGACCCAAAGCUGCCGUCGUCGAUCGUCGAUGUUCAGCAUGGGAUUGUACCGAAUGUGGCGGCCGAGCAAGGCUGGCUCGCCGUCAUGAGCAAGGAGGCGCUUGUCCUAUACAAGUCGACGGCGUCCCCCCUUAGCACCCAGCGCCCGUCGUCAACGUCAUUCUUUGCUUCUCAAGGGCGGCCAACCCAGCGAUCGACGGGAUAACGCGGUGUUGAUUUUGUCCAUUUUCUCAGCUGUCAGGCUGCCACGUGGAUCGCGCACCUGAUUGGCCGGCCGGUGUUUUACACAGUGGUAUUUAUGGAGUGUGUGUGAAAUAUAUUUCCCACGUGUGUGCCAGC